UCUGGCGUGAUGGAAAGCCACUAUCAUACUAAGUGCUAGGAGCAGACUAGUACAGUGCAGAGACUCUGACACUCUCUGAUGGGCCUCAGUCCCACCACACUGGUGACAGGCGUUGCCUGACUUCAUAAUGCAAGCACUAUCGCCUACACCAGACGCUGGCAUUCUCAACUCUUUCUUUCCAUUUGGCUCGGAGAACGACCCUCAAAGUGGCCAUGUCUACUUUAGUAAUUUCGCUCGCAAGGGGACCCCUAAUUGGCACGUGCCUAAGCUUAUGCCUGUACGGCAUUACUUGUCUGCAGGAGAAUGUUGUAUCUUCUCACUCAUCCAACGUACACAUGAGAAGGUCGUGUCAUUGCUGACACUGGAAACUGCUCAUGUUGUUCUGACAAUGUGGCUAAUGGACUAUUAUUUCGUCGCCAACUACGGGAACGAGCAAGUAUUGGAAUCUACUACGUGGGUGACCAUGGUCACAUGGAGUAUCGGAUUCAUCAUCGGUUUAAUCGUGUACCUCUAUUUCAUAUGGAGAAUAUGCAUGUUCACGGGGAAACUAUGGAUUGCUUUCUUCAUGGUUCCCAUUGGACUUGCGCAAGCGGCGACUGGCUUCGUCGGCAGUAUACUAAGCAUGCUGAGUCCAACCUGGGACUCUUACCUUGAACGUGGCAGAGGCGUGAUACUUGGGAAUACCCUUUUCAUUUUGGGGGACGCUUUGUCAUUCUCCAUCAUGGCUUGGCACCUUAAUAAGAGUCGCGAUCACGGAUUGAGUCCGCCUCGAACGAACCUACUAGUGAAUAGGCUUAUUGUAUUCGCUGUAGCGACGGGAGGAAUUACUGUGUUGGUUGAUAUCGUCGGCCUCGUGUUGGUCAGUCUUCGUCUGUGCGAUAUCAUCUCAUGGAGGGGUUAAGAUGCAUGCUCUCAACAGAUGUUAACCCAACCUCUUAGUCUCGCGUUUGUUGGACCUAUGUUCGUCCAGACACGCAGUACGUAGCUUCCGUCGCCCUACCAUAAUUUAUGACAUGUUUAGUUGAUAUCCAGUCCGCACCAAUUCCAUCCUUGCAUCGUGAGUCUUGUAUACAUAGCGAGGAGUGCCACAAACAUUAUGUCACUUUUUUUCAAGGUUGAACUUGAGAAAUGCCAACAAGCGAGC